AUGCCUACUGCUAUUGUUACUGAACCCGACGUGUGGUCACGAGCUCGGCAAUUCCUACCCCGCCUGGAAUCGUCAACUACUGAGGAUAAAGGCAACCUGCUAGCAUCGUCUGCUGAGGUAUUGCGCUCAUUGUUAGAAGCCGAUGAGCACAGCUCAUCUAGAUUAGUCGAAAUCAUCAACAUUCAGAAAGCGAGGAUAGCCUCCCUUCAAGCUUCACUCGAGGGCGGCCGCUCCGAGACUGCUACCCUAAGGCAACAACCCGACGGCCUUAUUCAGGAGUUGCGUUCUGAGCUUACUAAGUCACGAGAAGAGGUACUCUCUUUGCGGGAGCGCAUUAAGCGUAUCAAAGAACUCAAGGAAGAGGAAGAGAGAUUUGGUUUGGAUAUCAUCCGGGAAAUGGUAGCCGAAGUAGAAGGAGGGUCCUCCCAUGAUAUCAACGCUGAUGACUGCUUGCUCACAGCGCGGCUGUUCACCAGGCAGAGGUUCCUGUUGGUGACGGCACUGAAAGUGGCCCACGAGUUGAGAGAGGAUAAUGUGAAGUUGUCACUGCAGCUGUCAAGCGUUCGUAGUCGCCUGGAGCGGCUGGGAGGAGAGGCGGCCAUCAAGGCUUUGUCCUCUGCCGUUGAGGCUCGCGACCGUCGAAUCGCUGAGAAGGAUGCAAAGAUAGCAGAGUUGGGCGCGCGUCUCGAGGCUGCUAGACGAGAGGCUAUCGAGCAGAUCAGUAACACCAGCAUGGCGUCGUCUACCAUUUCCGAGAGGACCAAUUUGGAAGCUUCUGACACGGAAAAGGCGCUGCUGGUCGACACACAAGAGACCAACCUAUCGGUGGCCUCGUCGGUGCCAUGUAGGGAUCCUGUUCGGCAGUACGAUGUUGAUGGGAAUAAGGUCUGA